AUCUCGCCGGCCCAUAUUUGUUGUCCCAGGAGUGGAGGGUGUUGUUGUUUAAACGAAGCCAAAGAUUUUGACGAAAUACACUUUUUGUCUUUUCCUGCUGUGCUAAGACGUCAUAGAUCUAAACUCCAGAAGAAGAAGAUGAUGAGUGACGAAACGGCGUCGUCUCCGGCGAAGAAGAAGCAGAGUUUGGGAUGGAUGGAGUGGAUGAGAGGAUGGAGCAGUGUUUUCGGGGAGAUUCUCUUCCAGAGGAUUACGGCUUCUCAUUUGGAGAACCCUCUCCCUCUUCCUUCCGUCAACGACCUCACUUGCGUUGUCACUGGCUCCACCAGCGGCAUUGGUCGCGAGACCGCUAGGCAGCUUGCUGAAGCUGGUGCUCAUGUUGUGAUGGCCGUGAGGAACACAAAGGCAGCUCAGGAGUUGAUACAGCAAUGGCAGAACGAAUGGUCUGGUAAAGGUCUACCACUUAAUAUCGAGGCAAUGGAAGUUGAUCUUCUAUCACUAGAUUCUGUCGUGAGAUUUGCCGAUGCUUGGAACGCCCGGUUAGGACCGUUGCAUGUUCUGAUUAACAAUGCCGGCAUGUUUGCUAUGGGAGAGGCACAAAAAUUCUCAGAGGAUGGCUAUGAGCAACACAUGCAAGUUAAUCAUUUAGCUCCAGCGCUACUUUCAGUGCUCCUUUUGCCGUCUCUGAUCCGAGGCUCUCCUAGCCGAAUCAUCAAUGUGAAUUCCGUUAUGCAUUGUGUCGGUUUUGUUGACCCUGAUGACAUGAAUGUCGUCUCUGGUAGACGUAAGUACUCAAGCCUUAUAGGAUACUCAAGCAGCAAGCUUGCCCAGAUUAUGUUUAGUAGCAUUCUAUUCAAAAAGCUCCCUCUGGAAACAGGAGUUAGCGUCGUUUGUCUAUCUCCCGGUGUUGUCUUAACAAAUGUUGCCAGGGAUCUACCCAGGUUUCUUCAAGCUCUUUACGCCAUCAUACCAUAUUUCAUAUUUUCACCCCAAGAAGGUUGUAGAAGUUCUCUAUUCUCGGCCACAGACCCUCAGGUUCCAGAGUACUGGGAAACACUAAAAACAGAUGAUUGGCCUGUUUGCCCGUUCAUCUCUCAAGAUUGUCGCCCUGCAAAUCCUUCCGAAGAAGCACACAACACAGAAACUGCACACAGAGUGUGGGAAAAGACGUUAGAGCUGGUGGGUCUUCCUCUCGAUGCUGUUGAGAAGCUCAUAGAAGGGGAAAACAUCCACUGCCGUUAUGGAGAGCAACACGAAUAGUCAUUCAAACAAUUCCACAGGUUAAAGUGAGCCCUUACAGAUCAAAGGGUAAGUAAUUGAGAAAAAUAGUACAUUUUUUUUGUGUUGAUUUACUAUACACUGGGGAAUGAAUCCCCCACGGAUGUGGUUUUGCUUGAGAAUGUUUGAUUGUUGGAUAAAAAGUCAAGCUUUAGCUACCAUUCCAUGGCUUUACUUACAAGUCUUGUUCAAGUGUGUCUUAAUAGUUAUUAAGAUGUUCAGUAGUAAUGGUAGCCUGGGUUGGUGGGUAGUUUCUUGUUUGAGUAGAGGGUAUAUCCGUAAAUUUCUCCAUAGUUUGUGGCUUUGUGCAGUCACGUUGCUCAUAUAUAUAUAUAUAUAUAUGAAUA